AUUGUACGUUAGUACUUUGGUUCCCUCUUCUUGGGUACAAUGCAGACUAAUUUAGCUCGGUCCGUUGUUAAGCUUCUGAUCCUAGUUGCCCUUAGUGCGUUUUCCACUCAGGCAGUUCCUUUAAAAGAUAAAGCCAAUGGGAAGGACGAUUCCAUCUUAUAUCGGUUACCGAAUAAUACCCGUCCAAUUACCUACGAUGUGCAUUUGACGACGAGGGUUGAUAAGGGUGACUUCGCGUUCACUGGUGAAGUCCUGAUUGUUUUGCAAGUCCCGGAACCAACUUCUGAAAUAACAAUUCACGCUCGACAGCUUCAAAUAAAUUCAGUGAACUUAACGUCGGCUUACUUAAGUCCACAGUUGUUCGAAUCUAGUUACGCCUAUGAUAAUACAACCGAGUUUCUCAAAGUAACUACCAAAGAACCUUUGCCCCGCGAUUAUUAUCGGUUGUAUAUUGAAUACAGUGGUAAACUACGGGAUGAUAAAGCUGGAUUUUAUUACGCAACAUAUGCAGAUGACAAUGGAAAUGAUGUAUAUCUUGCUGCAACACAAUUUGAAACUACGCACGCUAGGCAUGCGUUUCCUUGCUAUGAUGAACCUUCGAAAAAGGCCAUCUUCCGAAUUUCUAUCACGCAUGGUCAGACGUAUACAGCUAUAUCUAAUAUGCCUGUUAUAGAAGGUCCUGUUGACAACCAUGAUGGAACAGCGACAACCAUUUUCCGUCAAACUACCCUAAUGUCACCGUACCUCCUGGCAUUCAUUGUAUCUGACUUUAAAACGACCGCAAUGACGCGACGAAUUCCUCACAGAAUAUUUUCUCGAAAUGGUACCCAAAGUAGCCAAAUGUUUGCGUUGUUAACUAGUGUCGAGACUUUGGAAGCGCUGGAAGAUUACCUGGAAGUGCCAUAUGAGCUGCCCAAAAUGGACAAUGCUGCUGUGCCAGAUUUUCGAGCAGGUGCUAUGGAAAAUUGGGGACUUGUAAUAUACCGUGAGGAAUCCCUUCUGUAUACUCCUGGAUGGUCAACUACGCAGACCCAAAAAAAGGUUGCAUCAACGAUCGCUCAUGAAUUUGGUCAUCAGUGGUUCGGAAAUUUGGCUACUCCACUUUGGUGGACCUACACGUGGUUAAGCGAAGGUUUUGCAACGCUUCUUGCAUAUAUUGGAAUUGAUGCGGUAUAUCCAGAGUGGGAUGUAUGGCAAGAUUUUCAAGUUUCAGAUUUCCAACGAGCUCUUCUCGCUGAUGGAAAAAAGGAUGCACGACCAAUGACCCAUUACGUUGAAGCUCCAAGUGCUAUUCCGGCCGUCUUUGAUUACGUUAGUUAUUCCAAAGCUGCGAGCGUUCUUAUGAUGAUACGUCAUGCUUUCACCGAAAGCACAUUCAAGAAGGCUCUUAACAAUUAUCUCAUCAAAAUGAAGUACUUAGGUGCUGAAGAAGAUGAUCUUUUCGAAAGUUUUGAUAACGCAACUAAAGAGGAUAAAACUUUUGGAUCAAACACCAUUGACGUGUACAAAAUAUUGAAAUCAUGGAGUAACCAAGGUGGUUACCCAUUGAUAACAGUCACUCGAGACUACGGUAAAGGAACUUUCGAAGUCAAACAAGAACCAUUUGAUGGUACCAGUGCUGCACCAAGUACUGACCAGCGAAGUUGGUGGGUUCCAUUCAAUUUUGCAACUGCUAAAUAUUCCAACUCUCAAGCAACAACGAUGUAUGACUACCUGAAUGUUGGGGAAUCAAAGAAAACUGUCAACCAAACAGAUGAGUAUAAAUGGGAUAAAAGUGACUGGAUCCUCCUCAACAAACAUUCAACGGGCUAUUACAGAGUCAAUUAUGAUAACCAAAACUGGAAUCUUUUAACCGAGGCUCUACUGGAAAAUCCGUCUCAAUUCCACGUUAACAAUCGGGCUCAACUUCUUGAUGAUGCAUUCAGAUUGGCUUUGGCUAAGCGUUUGAAGUUUGGGGUCGCCCUUGGUUUAUCUACUUAUCUGCAAAAGGAAAGCGAGUAUGCUCCAUGGGUCACGGCCAAUUCAAUAUUGAGCACAAUCCAUUUGUACCUAAAUGGCGCCAGUGGAUAUGAGGUAUUCCAGUUUUAUGUCGGGAAAAUUGUUGAAAACUUCUAUAAGGAAGUAGGCGUCACCGAGGAAAAUAGCGACUCACAUUUGCGGAAAUUAUCGCGUAGUAUCGCCAUCAACUGGGCUUGCCGAGCGAACUACGGGGAUUGCCAAGAAGUAACAGGUCAAAGGUUCCGUGACUACGUUAACAAUGGAAAAUCUAUCGAACCCAACCUGCGUACCAGCGUAUUGUGCAAUGGUUUUGCAAAAGCGACCGAGUCCGAAUAUACAACGAUUCUAAAUGAAGUGAUGAAUUCUAAAGAUGCAGCUUUGCGUCGCGAGAUGAUAUCGAACGUGUUAGGAUGUGUCCAGAACACCAAGUUGCUUAAGAAAUAUCUUGAAACUUCCAUUCAAACCGGUGGGUCCGUGAAUUAUCGAGAUGAGGAGCGUUUGUAUGUAAUUCCCGGAGUAGUUGACAAAGGGCCAACCCAACUGUCGGCAGCUAUCGACUUCCUUAUUGAUAAUCAUGUAAAAUACAGCCAAUUGCCCAGCUAUACUAUUGGGGUAAAUCCAUUGCUUGCUGCAGUCCGCAGCAUUGCCAGUGUAGUGGUUACCAAGGAACAGGAGCUUCAUUUUGAAGAGCUACUCACCAAAGCGACGGGCUAUAGCAACAUUCAAGGAUCCGAUUUGGACGCGGCAAGAGCUACGGUCAAAACCAACCUUGACUGGGGGAAUCAAUACGGUGAGGAGCUCAUCGGUUGGCUCAAAGGAUUCAAAAAUGGUGCUGCUCAUAUUUUGGGUUCAACUGCUGCCUUGGUUGUUGCUGUUUUGGUAUCUUUAAGGUCACUGUUUUAAUUUGCAUAUUUUAUAUUCCGUGUGUAAUGGUUGAUAAUGAUGUUAUCUAAUUUUAUAUAUUAUAUGACAUAAUAGAGAAUGUGUCGCAUUUGUAACGAUAGACCUGUUAGCGAAAUAUAUUCAAUAUAUGAUUGAAGAAUU